CUCCCACGACACCGAAUUCCAUGGUUAACCACUAAGGCGCGGUUACUGAAACACGUGCGUGACCAAGUUGACAGAAUUGGACAGAUAUAUUUAUAUUUAAGGAAGUCCGUGGGUAUAUCGUUCGACAGUUGGAGGAAGGAUACAGUGGCAACCGCUUGAGAAAAUGGCUUUUCACAUCAACAACAAAUUCGCUCAAGUAGCUUUAGUGAUCGUCCUCUCACUAUUGCGUUUAACUUUACAACAGCAGCAUCCCGGUUUCCGUAAGUAAUUCUCCUUUUCAUUACCUUUUUUCCCGAUUGAAAUUGCGAAAAUAGCGCCGGAAACUUCGGUUGCUAAAAGCAUUCUUUUAUAUUUUGAUGAAUUCACGCUACCUUCACGUGAUAUUGUGCAACCUUUGGCCCAGUUUAUCCAAAGACAAAUAUUUCUGUCAAAAUUCAGACUUCUUUCAUUUUGGUGUAAGGUCGUUUGGAGUAUGAUUUAAAAUUUUUCACUGGUAGGCUUCAGUAGAAAAAUUAUGCAGUGCUAAACUUGUGAAAGCCUUCUCUGUUGGUGUUGAAACCAAAAUUAUAAAACGGAACUUCUUUCGACAAAAUCGCUCUAUAGGCUAAGUCAAUUCCCCUCGUACUGAGACAAAUCCUCUGCAAAAACACAAACUUGCUCAGCUUACACUAAGCCAUCCAAAGGGGUGUAGAAUAUCAAGUUGUUCAUUUGCUUCUUUUUUCAAUGUUAAAAUCGAAUUAAAAGAGCAGACAAAUUUUUUGACUCUAGAAAGUAGAAAAAGGGAUCGAUAAAAUCAACUCAUGCGCUAGUUUCAAACGCCCUUUGUGUGACAAAUCUAAGGAUGUUUCCAGCCAAAGCAGACUGCCUACAAGCUGGCACGCAAUCGCCACAUCUUUCGUAUGAACACCGUGGCGCGUAAAGUAUAUACUUUGUAAAAGGGAAGUUGCCAAAUUAAGAUAAAAAUCUUCAAGAAGUUUUUUCCUCUUAGUCAUGAACAUCAUUCCUCGAAUCUAAUUGUUUUUCCCAAACGUUUUCAUGUUAGACAACGCUCACGCGCAAGUUUUAAUCCAUCUAAUAAGUUGAAAGAGGUUAAGAAUUUGGACAGCGAGACAUGCCGAAAGGUUUUUAAAACUUUAAAACUGCACGUAGUAUCAUAUGAGUAUUGUCAUUUAAAGGGGUUAUCCAAAAUCUCAAUAUACUUUCCGUCAAGAAGGUUAGAAGGUGAGUUAUCUGGUUUAGAUUUAGGAAAUAUCUUUCCUAGAGGGUAUUUCAUCAACUUCCGUUUUAGUCUUGACCUCUUAGGCAAUAUGGUUAAAGUCGAUCAAAAUCCUUCGAAAUUUUCUCUCCAAUAUGGUAUACAUAGUUGAAUAAAUUCAAAGUUAGAUAUUACGAGACGAAAGUAAAGUAAGGUACAGUUUCAGUUGAUUAAUGUAAGCUCCAAAAUGAUCAUGGAUAUGAAAAGCCCGAAAAGAUUAUCCUCUGAUGAGGGAGUUAUUUUAAGUCGUCAGAUUCUUGUGCUAAAUGGAUUAGCAUACGGCAUUUACAUCUGAGAAUUUGCGGUUUUUCCGAAAUCUUUACAAGGAACAUGAAAGUUAAGAGUAUAUCGAGGUGUUAUUCUUAAAACUCGAUCGUUGAGUAGAUAGAGCUGUCACGAAAAUAAAGAUCAAAACGAAAACGAAACCUCACCUUACACUUAAAGUUGUAAGCCAAAACAUGCAUUUACAAAUAAAGGACGCAGAGGAUUAACAAGGAUUACCCAGAGAUAAGGGAAAACUCUUUGGGGCCUGUAACCUGGAUUCAAGUUCCUAGUUUUAGACAGAUAUCAAGUUUAUCGAACACAAGUCAGAUUAUUCUCAUCCUUCCAUGACAGAAACAUGACAGAAAUACAAAAAAAUCUCGGAAAAAACGUUACCUGAAAAAUUUAAGAACCAUUAGAAUAAGAGAAAAUCUUGUUACAAGUUGUAGUUAUAUAUUUGACAGAAUUGUUAACGUAAUAUAGGUUCUAAGAUCUUUAAGAAGAAAGUAAAGUUGUAGAAGAUCACCCAUUCUUCCUGGAACUGGACGCGUUUAACGAGCUUCGGUGGUAUUCUAAUUCAAAUAUUAAUUUUCUGUCUAAAUCUACUUAGAUCCAGAACUUUCCGUACAUCAAAAAAUCAGACAAUUCUAAGCUGUUUAACCAAGAGAUCCCUUGGUUUAACGAAUCGGUCAUUUUAGCGCUAAACUUUAUUGAAUGCACGCAAUCAAGUAGUUUACUUGACGAAAUUACAUAAUAAUAGCAAUGCUGAAAGGGCGGGGCAAGAAUUGCAAAUGAUCACUUUUGUCUCAAGCGUUGCCACGUCAACUCGCAUAUUAAAAUUUUCUUCAUUUUCAGAAUCCCAAUGUUUAGUUUAAAUCUUCUAGAUAGAUAAGUUCACUAGGUUUUUUUAAUGGUUUGUUAUUUGAAGAUUUCCUUCCAUACCAUAGGAAUUCUCCGUAGCAAAAGAAAAUUGGAAUUAUCUUUACCUAACUCUUAUAACAUUCGAGCUUAAGGAUUUCUUGUCUUGUUACUGAUCUCAUGUCACAGUCCCAUUCUUCAGUCAGCUAAUGUAAUUGCAACAGAGUUCAGGGGCGUUUCUAUUUUGUCAUCUUAACAAUUCAUAAUCGUAAAAAUCGGUCAUUUCAUGGCAGGACACACAGCUGGUGGUUAAAAGUUUGUUCCCUUACAACUUAAACUCCAGUCUCGCAAUUUAUAUCAUACAUUUUAAGUUAAUUUAUCUUCUUCGUCUUCGUGGUCGUUUUUGUUGUUGCUAUAUUCGUUGGUAUUUCUUAUUACUCCCGUUAAAAAACCGAGAAAUUUUGAAAAUCAAAGGUGAAUAACAACAACCCUUUCAGAGGCUGAAGGUUUGAGGAAAGAUAAAAGCAACCUACUUUUCCUGUCUACGGUCCAGUGUGCAGUUGUUGGGAGUGUAUUUGUGCAAAUGCGUUAAAAGAUUUAAAAUAAAGGCAAUUGUUUAAAUAGUUUUCCUUUAUUGAUAGACAAAGUGUUCUGGAUAAUUCUCUCUCCCAAUUUCACUUUGUUUUGGCGAGAUCAAUGACACGCACGUGUGAUUAUACUCAACAAAGGCUGACUGAUCAAGAAAUUUUAAAGGGGGCUCAAAGAUUAGGAGCUUACGUGAGGCUACAUAACUGCUUUGGUGGAAAUGAUCCCAGGAAAGAUUAGUUAGUGAUAUGUCUUGUUUUAAGCACUUGUCUCCUUUGAAUAGGAAAUAAAAACUGCAGUUAACUUCGUUAAGAAAGAUUUUUAAGAUCCGGAGUGGUAACUACAUGGAGAAAGAUUUUGGGGAUUUUUUUUUCUGUCGGAAAAUUUCGGUCUCGAAUUUAAACAAUUUAAGCAAUUUAAACAGUCAGGAGCUGACUUUGGAAAGCAUGUAGAUGAUAGGCUUAAGGUUACAGAAUAAUCCAGCAAAGAUAUGAAGAAAAUUAUUUUGAGAGGACAAAGUUAUCUGGAUUCGCCUAAAUUCUUUCUGAGUGGAUCACCACAUUGCGUUUAUUUUUUGUGAUUUCAAGACAUUUUAAGUGUCAAAAUUCUCCUUUCACUGAGUGUGACAUGAAUGCUUACAGCAUACCAGACGAUUUUGGCCAGAUCUAUUCAGCCCUUACAAAAUAUUACUUCAAGUUUCAUAUUGCUAUUUCAUCCUCCAAGAAUCCAUGGUCUGCCAUGAAGAAGAUGAAGAUGGAUUCUAGUCACAACCGUCGAAAUAAAUUUUUGGCAGCCAGCUGCUGAAUAGAUAAAAAAAAAAUUGGGUAAAUUAGGAAGCUAGGUUCUUUUAGCUUAUGCCCAGGUCAUCUUGUCAUGUAUCGAUUAUAUUGGGCUGCUUUGGACAUCCCACGAAAAAAACAACAUUUUUAGGAUUAGUUGAACGUAUAGUAAGCAAGUACCUAUACAGGUUAACGCUAAAAGUAAGCACUUCACUGAAAAAAGAGAACAAAGUCUUUCACUAGUCCAACAUUCUAAUUGCUUUUUAUUUGUCUUACACAUUGACAAUAUAGGAUUCGUUAUUUUUCUCCGUGUCAAUCCAGAGCUUUCCCACAUUUAAGCAUUUUACACUCUGUCAUUUUCAACCAAAUGUUCAUGAACACACACAACCUAGAUGGAAUUACAUUAUGAUAAACAUUAAACAGGCCAUUAUCUGAAACCAUUCAUAAUCAACAUUUAAAAGCAUAUAAGAAUUCUUUUGGAUUCUAUCGAGCAACCAUGUAAAAAAAACUAUUGUCAGGGUUCAUGUUUCUACUUUUAUGUAUACGUUGAAGAUCUUGGUAUGAAAUCAGCAGUUUUAAUAAGCACGUUAGUGUUUCCCAUCUAACUGUUAUUUUUUGUCUCCUCCCAUAAAUUGACUUGCACAUGACAACAAUAAAACGCUUUAAUUUGAGAGGAAUCAUUAUCACGUCUGAGCUAGAAACCGCAAGCAACCCCGGGUUCUCUCUCUUGUUUCCCGUGGAGGAAGUUGAUCACAAACAAUUAUGCAUCAAAUCACAUUUUGACCUGUGAAUAAUGAGUGACGAAUUACAUCGUUCUUUACCGGUGAAUGGGUUUUCAGCUUCAGCUCGCAGGACCCUCUAAGGGUCAAGGCGAGACGUGACUACACCGGAGUAAAGAGCUAUUUAUUUUUGGAACGAUAGGAAAUAGGAAGUAUUUUAAGAGGGUAUUUUAAUCGUGCCAAACGUGAGCUUGUUUUUGCGGUUGGCAUGGCCGUUGGGUUUUUUUAUUUCCAACAGGCAAACACGGUUCAUUAACGGGUCCAACUGCAGGACACUGUACCAGGAUCAGCACCAAACCCAAAGGAGAUGGCAAAGGGGGAAUCCUGAUCCCGUUCUACGCACGUAUUUUUGACAAAUCAAAUCAGAAAAAUUUUGAACCCCUCUUCUCGAAGGUUUCGGGGAAAUCUUGAGGUUUUCACAAAAAAAAGACAAAAAAAUCAGAAAGCAAAUCACGCCUGAAACUGUUUCAUCAAUUUACCGAUCCCGCUCACCUUUCCCUAAAAUUUGCGCGUCACACAUUAAUUUGGCCUUAAUCACGCGUCACUUUUAAACCCUUUGGGACACUCCACAAACACAAAGAGAGCUUUACAUGAUUUAUGGAUGAAAACUUGGGAAAAAGCUCCCGUGUGUAGAUAAAGCGAACAGUUAGCUCUGCAUUAGAAGUUGAUCAGAGUUCAGGUUUCGUGCUGCUUCGACUUGAGCCUUGGUUACACUUAUUCAGCCGUACGUUAUUCUGUUAUAAAACGAGCUCAGUGGUGAAAGUAAUGACUGUUGAAAACCUAAGUGGUCACUUGACGUCUUAGCCUCGCCAAUAAGUAAAAAUCCCUGGCAAACUGUAUUAUUUUAAUGACUGUGGUCGAGCAUAGGUGUCUGGCACGUUACUAUUGGUCAAAAAUUUGGCAGGGUUUCACUUUUGUGUGAACAAGAGGUCGGUGUGCUAGCUUACUAGGAAUUAUGCCAAAACUGAAGUUCUCUUUGCGAAUAAAUCGUCAACCAGACCAUGACCUAAUGGUGAAACAAAGGCUUCAGCGUAUUUCAGAAGCGGAAUAUUUUGGUACAACAAGCUUGAUUUGUUAAAAGUCAGGUUUCUAUGGAAAAUUAUAACAACCAUGGUGAAUGAGUUCCUGUUAGGGUGGCUCGAGCCAAGUCACCUGGAACGAGUUCUAAGUUUGGCUUAUCAUAAAUCUUAUUCAUAUAUAUUUUUUAGCAAGGCCUUAUGAGCGAAUACACGAAAACCUUAAUUUGCCAAAAGUUUGUCAAUAACAACAAGAAUUCGAGUGCAAAUUUGCGUUAAAGCGUUAAAGCGUCAAAGCGAGCCGUGACUAUCCUUGCAUCAGAGAUCCCUUUUCUAAGUCACACAGUAAAAUGUCCCGUGAACUACAUGUACCAAUCACUUGCGUAGUUAGUUGAAAGUAAAAAAAUACCUCACAAUGUUUUUGAAGAGAAACGCCCUACUCUUCUUUUAAGUAUCAGUCGUAAUAUGAUAAUCAAGAAAUUUGUUUACAAUUUCGACUUUACGCAGGAAAGAGGUGGCAUAAUUAUUUUUAAUGCUUAUGGUUGGAGAUCUGAGAAAUGCCCUAAAGUACAAGAACUGGAAAAUUAGUUAAUGAGCGUAGCCCACUUAAGUAAUUUUCUUAGUUUUGCUUGAGUUCUGUCAUACGUUGGAGAAAUUCAUUGCUUCAUUGUGAGCUCUCGAAUACUUAGUGCUUCUAAACCUUUUCUUCAAAGACAAAUACCAAACCACGCUGCUUCUCUUCGUAGUAAAAAAUUAUUGAACUUAGUUGAUUUAUACGAUACAAAAGAAAGGAUCAUGAACAUAACGUAUCAGAAGUUUUGCUGGUUCCUGUAAAAACAGCUUGGAGGUGUAACGAGAGAUAAAAUGACGAUAUCAAAGAGGAAUGAAGAUUAAAAUUUAGAACCUUUUUACUCAAUUCUCGUUUUAACUGGAUUAACAUCUAAUUGUAUUUUUUUUUCAUUGACCGUAGUGUCGCAAUCUUCAAAGUUCCAAUGGCCUGGCAACUUUAAAAGCCCUUGAUCAAUCAUUCUCAGACUUUCCAGUCUGUCUCCAAAGUCUUGUAUUUGUUGAUAGUUAAUACAAACAAAAUACUGCAAAGAAAAAGAUGCUCUAAAUCAAGGGAUAAAUGCUUAAUGAGGAAUAUUGUUGAAAAAGUAUUUUGUAUAAGAAGAGAGUUUUCAAAGAAAGAACGAGGUAACUACGUCUUUUGAAAAUUAAGCGAGAUUGCGACAAUCGGUAAAGUUAAAACCAAGAAAGCUCAUCCUCUUGAAAGCCAAUUUUACAUAUAGGGUGUGAACAGGCUAAACCAGCUAAAAUUGUUUUAUAAGUUUCAAAAAGGAAUUGUGUCAUGAGCUGAAAUGAAUUGUGUCGUAUCUCAAUAAUUUUUUUAAGGUAUCUGUAAUCCGUUUAUUUUUUCGGAAAUUGGAUUUCCUGUCUCUGUGUCUUCGAGAAACUUCCAACACUAAAAUAAUCACAAUCAAAUUGAUAGUUAAACAGAUCCGACAUUCCUGUCCCACGGUUUUGAUCACCAAAAAAUAUAAUAAAACAAAAUAAAGAUUAUGACAUCGAUGCCCAUGUAGAUCGAAGAUCAGAGAUUUGUUUUCUGUUGCCUUGAGACACUGUUUCCACUGUAACGCCAAAAUACAAACCCCUUUUGCGAUUACUUCGCUGUUAAAUCUUAAUAAAUGAAUAGUCCUUCACAAAUUCAAGUUUAGCACAAGAAGAGUAAUUUUCACCUGUUGAAACGGAUUCACAAUAAACUCGUUUUCGGCUCUCAAUGACCAAAAUAGCUUCACGAACAAAAGCAGAUGUCACUGGAUGACAUAUGAAAGAGGGCGGCGAAGGGGGGGUUCCAAUCACACAUCACGCGGAAUUUUUCUAUUAAAUCACGCAUCACGGAUAAUUUUUUAACCAAUCACGUAAAAGGAGUAAGUAUCGGAUGUAUUAUUGAAAAUUGCAUUGAAUCCAACAUAUUUUAUCCUGGAAUAAAUAGCGUUUUAUUUGUCAUGUUGCUUUUUGUUAGACAAAAAAAGACGACUUAGUUGUUGGAACUUGACGCUCCGAGAGCGUUCACUCGGGCUUCGUAUCGCAAUAUCACAUCGUACUUUACAAGUAUGGAGCACAAUAAAAACAAAUCAAAGAAUCAGGACAUUUAACACAAGAGUUAAGCUUAGAUAUUUACUGUUCAAGUUGCUUCGUUGAGUAUCCUCUUCAUCCAAUAGCUUGUUGUUUGCCUCACCUUCGACGUUCUGUUCACGAAGAUUUUUUAUUUUUUCAAUUCAACAUCUGAGGUGUUCGUCUGGGCAUCAUAGUCGUCAUAGUUUGUUGUUUAAUAAGUCAGAAAUCAUAGUUUUGACAAUGUUUUUGUAGUUUGAACCCAUAUAUGACCCAUCAGCUAUCUCACGAAAACUAGUAUGAACUUUACUGAUUUGGCUAUCUUUCAACUUGCGGCCACUAGUAGACGUCUGCGCCACCUUAACUUUUCUCUUUUGAUACUUAGGCAAUAUUUAUGUCAAUAUUUUACCCAAUUCCCUCCUGUGCGGCAACUGUUUUUAUGUCAGUAAAAGAUAUAACGUGGCUUUUGAUUUCGUCUAGGUCAAAAAUGUUUUCCUCGUGUACUUAUUGCUUACAUUGCAAUCCUCUCGGUUGGCAUAAAAUGAUACCAAAACUCUAACGUCUUUUACCGUUUCAGUCGUUUGGGUCGACAUUCUUUCAGAUCUUUCAUUCGAUGGAUUCGGAUACUUUCUGGUUUUUCUGGAUACGAUCUGGCGCACCAUCACGACCAGGCAGUCGACAAAAAUAGCGCUGAAGGUCAUAGUCCUUGUGCAAAUGUUGACUUUACUAACUUAUGCUUAUUGUGUAACGAUUAUUUGGACCCACCAGGAAGGUCAAAGACAUCAAAGGUCAAGCGAAGGUCAGCAAAGGACGUAAAAGACCAGAAAUAGUGUCACGACUGCCACGGCUUACUGAUCUUUGCAAGACUCUACUUACUUUGAAUGAUUGGUUUCCUCUUAGGUCAAAGAGCGUUCAUUAUCACGGAAAUCUAAUUAGUAAGUCUCAUAAAUCACGCGUCACGGGCUUAUAAAAUAGAAAAUCAUGCAUCACGUUGUCGUGUGCGGUCCUUCGUCACGCGGAUAAUUUAGCAUCAAUCACGCGUCACUCUGCAAAUUUUGGGGCCAUCACGCGUCACGCAAAAACCCUUUGCCACCCUCAUGAAAGGGCAUGGACUCGGUGAAAUUAACUGAAAGAGCAAGGAGAAAAAUUAAGGUCUUCGACGUUUUUAGCUUAGCUUUUUUGUAAACACACCUGUAAUCAUAAAAGCAUCAUCGCCUGUUUUAAGCAGUUAUUAUGUUGUAAAAAAGGAGAUAAGAAGCCAAACUUUGAGGGAGUUAAGAGUAGCAAGUUGCCCGGUGCGUUCAGUUUGUUUCAUGUUAUAAUGCAUGUUAGCCUAGCGCUUAACUCAUGCACGCCGGUUGAUUGAUUCAACUUUUUAAUCAAUCAAUCAAAUUAUGGUUUACGUUUGCUCUUAUGCUAAGGAACCCCGCUCCAUAAUUACAAAAUAUGUCCAUUACUUUUCCAAAAAUGACAUACUAUUUCGUGGCAGAAUCACAUACCUUUGAAUUUCAGCCGAAAUAUGCUUCAGAAAAAAGUUCUCUGCAACUAUCUAUUCAUACUAACUCUCAGUUAAAAGAUAGUUGCUUUCUUUUUCAGUGAUGAAAUUACCAUGGCCAGCUUCUCCAGUUUAAGGCAAGGGGGGGAGGAAAAACCUACGACCAAAGAAAUCAUAUUCCUAGAUAAUGACUGAAGUACUUGAAAGAAGACUAUUCCCUUUGACUAAAAUUAUUCCAUAUGAAUAUGUCAAAAAGUGUUUUGAAAUUCGUAAUUGAAAGCUUCUUUUAGAUCUGAGAUUUUACUAUAAACUGCAAGAAUUUGGGACGGGAUCGACAAAUCAUGGCUAAAUUACAAUCGGUUUUUGUGUUCCAUUCCAGUUUCGAAUUUAUUUUUUUUCUCGCGAGUUAUCAUUUCCGUUCCACCCUUACAUCCCGUUUGUUUUUAAAAAAUAUCAGGACCUCGUUCACCUCGUUUUGUUUUGUAUCUUUUGUUUUGAUGGAGUUUUGAGUUUUCUAGUUUCAGUAAAUUGUUCUGACAAUCGUCUUUGCGAAUUGAUCGUGUUUACGUCUGAAGAUGAUUACAGCAAUUGCUUUUACGUCUAAAAAUGAUUACAACCGCUCUUUGUCUAAAGAGUAAACAGCCGCCUACAGGAAUGGCUCGGCAGUUUUAAAAAUCAGUUCAUGAUGUAGGAGUUUCCUUUAUUAACUUGUUUAUUACUUACCAAAAUGGCCCACGUACGUCAAAGUGUCGCAUGCCUUGAAAACAUCUUUCUCUCAUUAACACAGCAGAAAAGAGGGAAAGAAACUUGAUACUGAGCCAUCCUCCGGCUUUUUCUUUGUAGAAUGUGUUGUUGCCGGCCCCGCAGUGUAAAAUUAAAACGUGAUCUUGAUAUGAUUGUUUCCGUUUUCGCCCCCUGAUUUCCAAAUUUAACAAUCAAAAAGAAGUAAACAACCCACACAGAAACAUUUUCCCGCAGUAUCGAUAGCAAGGAGUUACCAUAAAUAAUUUGGCCGAAUACCUCUGGGGCAGUUUAAUUAGGGAACAAAGAACUGUUAUCCGAUUUGAAAAUUUUCAGCUCUUGGAGAGAAGAUAACUUUAGGCAUUCACAGAUGCUCAAAAUCCAAUCUCAGUAGAACUUGUGACGAGUUGGAGAUAAAACGCAUGCGGAAUACAGUAUUCUUUCUUCCACCAAAAUAUUAUUCUCACGUUCUAGUAGAGAAGUAGUGGAUCAAAAGGGCUACAAAUUUACAAGACAGCUAACCUAAAUAGCUCAUUGUUAUUAAGCUCUAAGAAUAUGUCCAGUUCCUGUUUAAGUUUAAGGAGGCUCACCCAAAUACACCUUCUAGUGAGCCCGGUGCAGCAGUGAUACAACAGCUGGUGCUAGACGUACAGUAGAUUCUUUGAGAGAAAGUUUGCAAAUACCAACCCUGAAAAAAUUGUUUUUUAUUCUUUCGAAAAGCUCGUUUCUUCCUAACAGAGUUCUUUUAGAUGAAGCGAGAAAUUUCCCCUCUUUUUUGACUAAUUGAAUUUAGAAAUAAGUUAAUGUAUGAUGAUUGAAGAUUUUUCUAUUACCGGGAAUAAGUACGUCUCUAUAGACUUCAAGUAUCUUCUUUAUGGAUUGAACCACCGACACUCGUGUUAGUUUCAUGGUGGUCUGUGUAGUGCACUCGAUUCCUUUUUAUUGAUGACAGAGUCGUCUAUGUUCCUGUAAUUAAACUGGUUUUUUUUUUAUUUCUUCCUUUCCAUUAACUAAGGUCUUAAUAAUAACCAUUUUUCCCAGAGUAUAAUGUCUCGUUUUCCAGAAUGACGUCAGCCCAACUAAGACAAUCAAACAAAGCAUGUUUACAUCGUGAAGAUAACUCCUUUCUAAUAAUAAAAAGUGGAAAGUGUUUAGAUCGUGCCUUUUCCUAGUUUGUUAUCACAUAACCCCAUGGUCCUGUAAAAAAGGAUGUGACUCCAAAUUUGUUGAGAUAUAACUACCCUAGCCAUGAUAACAGAGCGAUCCUCUACUAGAGGCCAGGGUAACAUUCAGCAUUUGGUUGUUAGGUCUUUCUUUCCAUAAACUUCAGCAAUAAAGGCUUUUUGAUUGAAGUAUCAAAAUAACCUUUGCCCGCCGGAUCUGCAGCUACUGCAAGCAGAACAUACCGACGUACACAAGAGGUCUUAAAUAUUUUCACACCCUCCCAAUUUAGUCAAACUAAACAGAAAACAGUCAGAAAACAACCUUUACUCAAAUGUAAGGCUCACAACGGGACAUCCGCCAUUUCAGACGUAGCGUCGCAAAAUUUCGAAAAAGUCAAUUCAAAUCAAAUAACCCCGUGCACAAGACAAUCCGAACCACCCUGCCUUCUCAGAUGUUGUGGAACGUCUAUCUGGUGCAAAUUACCGAAUUUGAUAUUUUGAAUUUCACCCCGCGAAAAAUAGUUGUUCCCAAACGAACCCUGCAUAUGAUUUACGUUAUGCGAUGACGAUAAACAGAUCAAAUUGUAUAACAAAUGUUUAUGAUUGAAUAGCCCGAGAUAAACUUUAACCUGACAACAGCCUUUGCUUUAAAAGGAACUAAAUUGCUGAUGACACCGAGAGGUCGGUAUAGAUAUGAUCUCGCUUGUCAUGUAAUAAAUAAAGUGCGGACUUGCUCAAGAGCGUUCCAAAAAUAACGUCAUCUCUUAUUUUCAUGCUUCGGUAAACAUCUUAAGAAUACCUUCCAAAGUGGGCACUUAACAUUAACUCAAUAAAGGUGACGAAAACUGUGCCUGUCAAAUUUAUUGACACGUGGCAUAAAAAGGAUCAUCUUUCGUCUGGUGAUGGCAGUGAAAAAGCUAUUUGAAUGCCAGGUAUUGAUCGAUAGAACUCAGUUAAAUCUUUGCCACGGAGUUAGUAGAAAGUUACUUUUUCAGACCGUCGGUUGAGUAAGAGGAUGAGCUCGUUGAUUUUGGUUACCCCUGCACUCCUUUUGGUUUGUUUGUGUUCGUCAGUCUCGGCUGGAAGCAAAGGAUUUCGUAAGUAGGACUUAUUUAUUCAUUUGUUUAUCCUGUAAAAAAGGACGCUUUAAGUCGCUGAAUAACAUUUGAAAAUCUAAUUAAACAGGAGGACGUCUAAAUAAGUUGAGUUAUCAGCGUCUUGACUUAACUUUCAAUUCUUUAUGGCUCUCAAGCCCAAAAUUACCACGUAUAGUUAGCUGGAUGCAGUUGUUCAUGUUGCCCAUAUUUAUAAUUUCUUAGAAGUUAGAUUAAUUAAAACCGUUUGCGUGUAGCUAUGAGCAUAGUAUUUCAAGAUGGAUUUCCACGCCUCGAUGUAGGAUUUGAUAUCGUUUUCUGCGCUUCAGACUACAAAGUUCCCACGGCGACAACUUGGACAAUGCGAAGGAAAAAUAUAAAGAAACACAAAUGAUGACCAGUCAUGGCAGGAAUUUUUAGGAAGAGGGAAAGUGAAAACUGUGUGAACGAGUAAUGGAGGAUUCAAAGUAAAACAAAGUGCAGUCCUGCAAUUGAAAGAAGAGGGGUUUUCUCAAAUUUCUGGGAAAGUGAUCGUUGUGUUUUUGUUAAUCUAUAUGAGACUGCGAGAGUGGGAACGUUUUGAACUUUAAUUCAAGUGUUGACACAAAUUGGGGAAUGAUUCACAUUCGCUUUUUUCGACGACCGAGCUGAAGAUUUUUCUAUCUAUCUAUCUUAAGGCAGUCUGAUUUAAGAAGAAACGACGAAUAUACUGUUUGAUUUUUCACGUAAUUCUUCGAAUAAAGGCGAUAUCCUGAAAAGAAGAAAAAUUCGAAGUAUAGAAAAUCUUUGCCACAAUAGGAAUCCUGCUGUGUUUGUCUCAAGGUGUGCAUGGAAAAUGUGAAAAAACUCCAUCACUUACAAGAUAUUUGCUGAAUUUCAUCUUAUUUCAUCAAUUAACUGUUAAAUUACAGAUCAUCAUACUCAGAGACCCACACGUUCGUAUUUUAGUACAUGUCCAUUAGAAUAAACACUCACUGGGACCUCGAGUGGCUUUUGAAAAAUCCUGAGAAGAAGACUGCUUCCUAAAUAAGAGACUCCUAGGAAAAUUCUCUCUUAACUCUGUUGCGCAACAAAGCUUUUCCGGAAAAUCAUUUAAAAGGUUAAAGAGUAGGAUACCUUGAUCAAGAUAAGUUAAUUUUUUAUCAAUCUGCCGAAAAAUGUUAAUAGUUUAAAAAAUGCUGAAAUUAAAAAUCCGUUACGCAAUAGUUUUUGCUGACCAAAGCAAAAAACUCUUCGCAUUAUAAUGAAAAGUAUUUCGUCCUUGUGAUAAAUAUUUGGCGGUUGAAGGCAUGUGCCAUAUUCCUUUCGCACAUCUUGCUACUUCCGGGGUAGGAAGACUUUCCAAAUGUUAUUUUUCUUUUUCGGAAUAGUGAUGAGACGGAGGUUAAACAGACUAACGAUCUCUGGUCUCCGUUUGUUAGGUUCUCGUAGCCUUUUGUAGCCAGAGUGUGUGGACUUUAUUUGAGGCACGCUUAAAUUCGUGUGCAAUCCUUACGUAACUGGUUUAGCUAAAUCAUACUGGUUAUUUGUUACAUUCCUAGCUGCCGAUAGCAAAGAUUUCUUUGUGGGUAUAAUUUUCCAACACCUUGACGCAAUGAAACGUCUUGACAAUUUGAAACAUGUUAAGGUCAGGAACAUUUUCAACAUAAGCCUCUGACAAUUUUUAAAAAUAGGGUAAUGAUCGUAGAGGGUAAAAGCUCCCACCAGGAGUUAGAGCACCAAUAAAUCAAAUCAUGUAUCAUAACAAAUACCUAUACAAUUAAAGAGAAAGCAAUAUAAAGAAAAUAAAUGAGAAAGCCAGUCUUCUGGCUAAAAAUAGAUAUCCCCUAUGAAACACCUCUAGAAACUCUUGAAUAAGGAUCAAAGUCCCCGCUAGCAUUUAUAGCAAAAUUAUUUUAUCUAUCCGCCUAGACGAGGCAUGGUACUGUGAUAACUAAAAACACAUAUAUUCUCAAUACCCCCUAAGUGAACGUAACGAAAUCAGUAUGACUGUCAAUAUUAAAAUCAUUUGUAUGGUUUCUGCUCAGUCAAAAGGCAUGCAUAGUUUUGUGAACCUCUUCUCCGUACAGAUCUUCCUAACAUGAGCUAAACAGCUGAGCUGAGCUUAGUAAUGGGUACAGUCUGGAACAAGCAACAUCUGUUACUACACGAUGUGUCCAAGACAUUGAAUCAAACCUACGUCCAAAACAAAUUAGAGAAGAAAGAAAGAACGAUUUUGAGUCCUCCCUUUAGUUUUAUGGAUCUUUUUUCUGGGCAGUACCGUCUACACAUGCAUAUUUUGUUCAUAAAGAAUUGAUUUGUAAACUACCGCGUCCGAUGAGUUUCGCGACUGCCGCUAUGAGUUAAAAGUAUGGGCAAUGUGACAUUGUGACACGAAAAAGAGACACAAACAACAAAUAAAACAAAAAGAUUAAUUUAGUAUUAUCAACUGUGUUGAUAAUGUCAAUUGGCCACCAUGAAAGGUUUAAAAGCUGACGUUUCGAGCGUUAGCCCCUCGUUUCGAGCGUCAGCCCUUCGCCAUUCUCUCAAACGAAGGGCUUACGCUCAAAAUGUCAGCUUCUAAACUCACCCACCACGGCAGCACCACAGUUUUUUUUAGAAACUUACCCCCUUUAAACAAAGAGAUUCCUUCAUUUCUUGAUUCAAUAUGUAUUCAACAUGGGCUAGGAAAAUAAGGACGGUGAUAACAAUGAAAAUCGUGCAGAGGUUGCUGUAUAAAUAUCUAACAACACUCCACCCGAAAGAACUAGAAAUCCAUUGAAAGAAAUUCAUAUUUAAAGCCAUUUUUCGAGGAGAGAGUUCGACGAUACGUUCAUUCUAGAAUGGCCAGAUGAACAAUCAUUCUUAAUGUUCAAUAGAGAUAUGACUUCAGUUUAUAUGCUUGGUGGGAAAAAGGCCAAGAGAUGGGAAUAUUCUGUUUAAAUUUAAAAUAUAUCUGGAUAUAUAGUUAAUCGUUUGCAUAAUUAUAUAGAGAUAAUUGUUGAGACGAGCUUUUUUUAUUCCAUAGUGUUCGAAAACGGUGACUACACCUACAAGAUUGUGCUACCCAGCGAUGACAGCCGAACGUGGUACGAAGCCGAAGAAAUAUGUCGAGAGUACGAAGGCGGGCAUUUGGCGAGCAUUUCCAAUGAGGCAGAAAACCAAUAUUUAAAUGAAAAGAUUCAACUACUGAGCAGUUCCCCCCGGGAGCCAGAACAACUUUGGCUUGGUGGAAUAGAUGAAGAUGGACAUGCUUACAAAUGGGUAGAUGGAAAAACUUUCCAGUAAGUAGGGUGCAAUAAAUUAAAUUCUGAGAGUUCCCUCUUUACAGACGUUUUCAAAAAGGCUGGUCGAAUUAUCCUGGAUUUUAGCAUUGCAUAAAAGUGCGACGCUUACUCAAAAAUUAAUUGCACCCAACAACUACCUCGGAAAUAUGGGCGAUUUACAAUUUUUUAAGUUCUGGAUUCCAAGAAAAUCGAACCCACUGAUCUUCGCCUAGUAUGGAAGUGGAGAGGAAGGCAUAUGUUCACACAAAUUACAUUCAGGAUGAAGCUUUGUUGUGCAUUAACAUCAUUUAGAAUAAACCUAAGUUGGCAAGCGUACUGUUCAAAUGAUCCGAAGCACAGUUUUGAAGGAAAGUAUAAUAUUUUUGGGCCCUCUCAGUUUGUGACAAACAAACCUACUUUCAACCUCAAGUAGGAUGCAUAAAAUUAGUCGAAAUUAUAGAAAAACACAGGAAUAAUCCGAAAAUAUUCCAGAUGGAAGAAGGUUGUUAAACAUGGAGAAUUAAAAGUGAUUGUCAUUGACAAUCCUCAAAAACUUAGCUAAAUGAGGCAAAAUGAACGAAAGGCAAUACAUCCGCCUUCUGUUAUUUCAUCAUUUUUACUGUGUUCCAUUGCACUCUUUAUUCUAUAAAGAUAUGACGCAGCGUUCUGGGCACCCGGCGAAGCCAACACGGAACCCUAUAAUGAAUAUGAAAUCUGCAUUGCAAUGAAGUCCACUGGUGAUUUAGGAGAUUGGAGGGAAGAUGACUGCUAUAAGCCUAAAGGUUACAUCUGCAAAAUUGAAGGUGAGUUCUAAGGUCAAAUUUGAUAGGGGGUUCUAUAAAGGUGAGUGCAAUUUCCUCCGCCCCUCUUGGUCAGAAAAAUCUCCGUGGGCUCCUUUGAUAGAUUUUUUGAUAGAUCUUUUCAUCUUCUGAAAAUUAUGGUUUCGGAAAUAUCUUUGCGUAACAUGCCCCCCAACCACUUUGUAAUCAACGCUAAUGUGGUUGCGUCUUUCUGUUUACUACGCAGGUAUCCCUAAGAGACUCUUGGAGCAUAAAAGAUUUGGUUAUGGUGAGUUUUUAAAGCAAAUUAGCGUAGUAAAUAUACAAAUUGCCUCAGAGAAAGUAUUCUCGAAUACAGACAUAUCAAUAUUAUCACGUUGAAUGUAAUAUUUCAAAUCAUCACCGGAAAGUAUUGGUCACAAUCAUUUGACAAUUGAGAUCAUCUUCGACCUCUCCCAAUGUAAUGUGAUCUUUCUUGAUUUCAGAAUUCGAUCAAGGGACUUUCAUAUACAAGUUCUUUUUCAUUCAGUACGAGAUGCUUACGUGGCCAGAAGCCGAAAUAUACUGUCGUGAGGUAGAAGGGGGCCACUUGGCCAGUAUUCGUACUUUAAAAGAGAACAAAUACAUCGAGAGGAAACUGCGCAUGCUUAGGUACUACUAUGGUUACUCCAAGUGGUGGAUCGGAGCCUCGGACCUAGAAAAUGAAGGACAGUUCAAUUGGACUGAUGGCAAGCCCUUCGCGAUUCAACACUGGGUUCCAAGGGAACCCUCAGGGCGCCAUAGGGGCAGGGAAGAAGAUUGUGCUGUAAUUACUGCUGAUCCAUAUUGGGGAAGAUGGAGGGAUGAAUACUGUUUACAUCAUCUGCCUUUUAUUUGCAAGAUCAGAGGUGAGACAAGGGUACUAAGUAUCUCUUCUUCCAGUAAGGCAAAAUCUAGGCGCAGCGGGAUGUUUUUGAUGGAUCAUAGUCACCGCUUGAUUGGCCUAAUUUAUUAAGAGUUUUUGCAUAACCUUCAUUUUGGUGACUCAAUCUUUAUAGAUUUUUCUCUUGUUUUAGUUUGCAGUCAGCGAGCUGACAUUGCUUUUAUAGUGGAUGCAUCUAAGAGUGUGAAGUUAAGUGGCUUCAGAAGUUCCAAAGAAUUCAUCAAAGCAGUGCUUCAGCGAUUCAAAGUGUCCCAGGCUAACGUUCACGUGGGUUUGAUUCGCUUCUCCACCCGAGCCAAGAUAAUUUUCAACUUCGAAGAGCACUAUUCAAUGAAUGACCUUAAUGCAGCUAUCGACGCCAUGGAAUGGUCCAAAGGAUCAACCUACACUAACCGGGCCCUGAAAUUGGCGAGAGAACAACUUUUUCUUGAAAAAGAAAAUGGGGGUACCGCCCGUGCAGAUAUUCCAAAGUUCCUUGUAGUGAUGACAGAUGGUAUUUCAAGAAAUCCGACAAUGACAGCUAAGGAAGCCACCGAGUUAAAGAAAAAGGGUGUUCAUAUUGUUGUGGUAGGAGUCGGUUUCAUGCGGAAAAGAAGCGAGCUCCUGAGCAUUGCGAGUUCUCGCUGGGAUGUCAUAACCACCCGGUCAUUCAAGACUUUGAAAAGGAUCGUGGCUAUUACAAAGGAGAAAGUUUGUGGAGGUGAGUAAUGAUAAGCCCCUAAGAGAAAUGGGAGAGAAAAUGAAAAUCUGUGAAAUCAGGGGAGGAUCCAGGUCUUAUACUUAAGGCUAUCCAUGUUUAUACCGCUAACGAAGAUUCCACAAAAUAACCGAUUCGGUGCCUGACGUCUUAUGAAGUUUCUAUGCGUUUUUCGAAAAGGAAAAACAAAACAAAACAACAGCAACAACAACAACAACAGCAAAGCAAUACACUGGUACCGCACUCACUUGUGAAGGUUUUGUUAAAGGAACAGGAAUUCAAAGUAAAGCCCAAAAACGUUUCCCUAGAUUGCAAAAAAAUUGUGAUGUUUCUGAGUGAAUCCAUUCCACGUAACCAUAUACGUACCGUGGGGCUUUAUGGGAAAAUGUGGAGAUGUUAAGGUGUUUAGUCUGUUAAGAAUUGUAAUUAAAAUUGCUAAUUUUUCUUUUCCUCAUCAGCGCUAUAAAAGGUUUAUAUUCAAAUUGAGAAUGAUGAUGAGACAUGCAUAGAUCACGCCCGAGCAACGAGUGCACGUCGCAGCAUAAAUAAAAACUACUUACAGUCCCCGGAUUUUAAAAUUAAAACUUUAUCGCCCCGACCCAAGAUUGUCCGACUAUUUUCAACUGUUGACUCAUACAACGGUUACGUGGCAUACAGUGAGUAACGACUUAGCUGGAAAGAAGAAACUCAUGUAUUUUAAGAACGUGGGCUCUAGAGGAAAUAACUUGAGGGAGAAUAAAAUCGUAGAUAGCACUAAUAGGAAAACAUUGUAAAAUGUGUCGGUUUUUAUGGCGUGGUGACAACCUGGUAUACUGAACAUCAAGCCUCUUCUGACUGUUCAGAUGGGCCGCUUUAUCAGUGUAGUCUAAGCAGUGAUAUUCUUUACGUAUCAGUCAUUAAGUGAAAUUUGUUUUAUGAAAAAGUGCGAUGAUAUUUGAACGUGGUUCGCAUAA